GAUUUAUUUGGUGGUUUAGAGUAAUGAAGAGAAAAUGCAUGUGAUAUCUCAAAGUUGUGUCCUCUUUUUGUGGAUGCAUGUGCUGACCUCUAGAAAAUGCAAAGCAAUAAAAUGUGAUGCCCCGGCUAACAUUGAUCAUGGUCGUGUGUCUGACAAUCGUCAAGAGUACGAAGAAAAUGAAGAGUUGAAUUUUGUCUGUAAUGAGGGAUACACACCCAGGGACAGAAGACCUUCCAAAUGCACACAAUUUGGCGGACGCGCAGACUGGUCCCCCACACCUGAAUGUAGAGCAAUAAAAUGUGACGCCCCGGCUAACAUUGAUCACGGUCGUGUGUCUGACAAUCGUCAAGAGUACGAAGAAAAUGAAGAGUUGAAUUUUGUCUGUGAUAAGGGAUACACACCCAGGGACAGAAGACCUUCCAAAUGCACACAAUUUGGAGGACGAGCAGACUGGUCCCCCACACCUGAAUGUAGAGAAAUAAAGUGUGAACUAGUUCUGCCAUCUGAGAGAAGUACAUAUAAUCCUCCAAACAAAAAUAUGUUUUCACCUGGUGAAACUGUAGAAGUCACAUGUGGGGAGACUGACUGGGUUUCAAACCCUCAAACUACCAAAGCGGUGAUUACUUGUAAAGAUGACGGAGAAUGGACGAGCCGACCAGAGUGCAGUGAGUUUUUUUGUAAUGACCCAACAAGGGAACAACAGGUGUAUAACUGGUAUGCCACUAGAGAACAAAAGAGAUUACAUGGAUAUGUAAGAUAUAGCUGUAAUCCUGGCUUUGUGAAACCACGGGGCACCACUCAAGCUCAGUGCACAAGAGAUGGAUGGACACCAAAACCACUUUGUGCAGGGACAACGUGUUAUAAACACACCAUUGAAAAUGCAGACAUUAUCCAGAAUGACAGGUCUUCUUACAGAAAUGGUGAGAGCGUCAUGUACAGAUGCUUGAAUGGAGAUCAAGAAACUUUCUCUCUUACUUGUAAGCAAGGAAGCUGGAACGGGAUUAGGACCUGUCCAGGUGUCAUAAAUUGUAGAAAACCUGAAAUUCAAAAUGGAUUUGCAGUUGGGCCAUUCGAUGACACUUUGUACUACUCCUGUGAUAAUAACUAUAAGCCUUAUUCCACAAAAGCCUGGUGGGAUGUGGCCACAUGUAAAGGCACAGAUUGGAUUGAAACUCCACGAUGUAUAGCACAAAACACGUGUGGAAAACCUCCUGUGAUUUCUAAUGGGAAAUUCACUGUCACUGCUAGAACUUUAAACAUUGUUUGUGAUACUGGAUACACCUCUCUGAUUACCCGUGUGACCUGUGAAAAUGGAGAAUGGGAUGUAACACAAGAUUUACUCAAAACUAUUUGUAGACCCAGUCAAGGAUCAUGUGACGUACCACCUAAAGUUGAGAAUGCAGUUGUUAAUGGAACCUUUCAGAAUAAAUAUCUAUCUGGCUCUAUAGUAACUUACAUAUGCCGUGAUGAGUAUCAGAUAAAAGGAAAAGAUACAAUUACCUGCAGACACGAGGAAUGGGACAAGGUCACCUGUAGCUGUGAACAAUACUGUAAAAAAUUACAAGACGACAAGAUCACACUUAAGCCAACCCAAACUAAAGAAAGAUAUGCAGAUGGAGACACACUUGACUACAGAUGUAAGGCUGGUACAAAAGAAGGCGCUGCAACUUGUACCAAUGGAGGGUGGUUUAAAACUGUAGAAUGUCAAGGUUUAUUAGGUUGUUUGACUCCACCAUUACUUGAUAAUGGAGACUACUUGGGAACCAAAACUCAGUUUGCACAUAACGAGAGAGUUGAAUUCAGAUGUCAGGCUUACCACAUAAUGGAGGGUGAACCAUACAAAACAUGCGAGAAUGGUAACUGGACUGGAGAGAUGAGAUGUCUCAAACCCUGCACUGUCAGUCAAUAUGACUUGGAUGACAAUAACAUUCAUUUCAAAAGAGCAGAAUUAAAUAAACUAUAUUCAGAACAUAAUGAUCACAUUACAUUCGAAUGUAAACAAGGAUUUCAACGUGUCGGUGAUGUACUAAUGCAUCAGAGGUGUAAUGAUGGUGAGAUGGCCCUGCCCAUCUGCCAGAGACUUCAGCUUAAUUACAAUGUGCAGCAAAACCAACAGCAAAGCAUAAUCUGAUU